AUGGCACAAAUGGAUAUGGAAUUGAAGAAAGCAUUUACUGAGAUGCAAAUAAACAAAUUGGAGACAACGAAAAAGAUCAAUAUGAUUGACAUGAAAUGUGACAUGGUCAAGACGGGAAAACACAAGUACACGUUAACUGAAAAGGGCACCAGCAAUCUGACAGACGAUACGAGGGUCUACUUAUCUGUUGGCCGUAUGUUUUUGUUAACCGACGUGCAGAACAUGCGCGAGGAGCUGAAAGGCAAGCAGGAGAAAUGUGAUAAGGCCAUUGAGCUGCUGGAGAAAAAGAAGGAAUUUCUGCAAAAAUCGCUUAAGGAUCAAGAGGAUGGCCUUCGUGAACUGGUGCAGCAGCGCAAGGACGCAGAUGGAACAACUAAAUAAGCAUUUAUUCCCCUUGAAAUCAGUUGUCAGUUCUCAGUUUCGCAUUUAAGACACAGCAUGCGCUAUUUAUUUUCAACAAAAUGGUCAAAAUUAAAAUUUGCAUAACUUACAAA